UGUUAUAAUUAUGAGGAAAUACAUUAAAGUAGUGGAUUCUCAUGAAAAUAUCUAAAAAUGUAAUCGAGAGAUGUUGUAAUUAACUUUUUUUUUUGAGAAGAAGAGUAAAUGAAAGAAAAUUGGAAAUCAUAAGCUCUAUGUUGAGCCUAGAAAACGACAAUAAUUUCUAUUUGCAAGUAAAUGUUAGGAUAGACAACGGUAAGAGUUAUUAUCUAAGUUUAUGAACAUUAAACUUUAUCAUCAAAACGCUAAAUUUAAAACCGCCCUAUCCUGUACUGUGCGAGUGUUAGCCAAUUGCAUUUAAAAAAUUAGAAACUAAAAGUGAACGUCACUAGAAAAAUAUGACUGAGGAGACAACAACAUUGGAUUUGAAUCAUCGUGUUGUUGAUUCUAUAACAAAACGCAUCAAACAAUUGGAAGAUGUAAUCACCGAUAACAAUGCAACUAAUUUACUGAAGCAUAUCGCCCUAUUAACAACAACGACCGCCACCAGCAGUGCUUUAACAGCCGCAACUACUUCAAUUAUGAAUCAAUUAGAAGGAAAUUUUAACACAUCGGUGCAUUCAGGGAAGAUUGUUAGUGUUGAGACGCUUCUUGAUGCACUUGUUAUUUUAUAUGACGAGUGCAGUAAUUCGUCGUUGAGACGGGAAAAAACAGUCUCCGAUUUUCUGGAAUUAUUAAGAACUGCAGUUAAUUUGAUAAAAAAGUUGCGACUAGAUAGAAAUGACUUCGAAGUCAUCAAGGUCAUUGGACGUGGAGCGUUUGGAGAGGUUUGCCUCGUAAGAUUGAAAAAUUGUAAUCAAAUUUACGCCAUGAAAAUUCUCAACAAAUGGGAAAUGUUGAAACGAGCUGAAACAGCAUGUUUUCGAGAGGAACGUGACGUGUUGGUAUAUGGCAAUAGGAAGUGGAUAACAAACCUUCAUUAUGCAUUCCAAGAUGAAACAAAUCUUUAUUUGGUGAUGGAUUAUUAUUCUGGUGGAGAUUUGUUAACAUUACUCAGUAAGUUUGAAGAUCGACUGCCGGAAGAAAUGACAAAGUUUUACAUUUCUGAGAUGAUUCUCGCCAUCGAUUCAAUUCAUAAACUCAACUAUAUUCAUCGAGACAUAAAACCGGACAAUAUUGUCUUAGAUGCACAAGGCCAUAUCCGUUUAGCUGAUUUCGGAUCAUGUUUGAGAAUGCAUAAUGGAUUUGUGCAAUCAAACGUUGCUGUUGGAACGCCAGAUUAUAUUUCACCUGAGAUUCUUCGAGCGAUGGAAGAUGGAAAGGGAAAAUAUGGAACUGAGUGUGAUUGGUGGUCACUGGGUGUUUGUAUGUAUGAAAUGUUAUUCGCUGAAACACCAUUUUAUGCUGAAAGUUUGGUUGAGACUUAUGGAAAAAUCAUGAACCACAAGACAAGCUUUGACUUUCCACCUGAAGAUGCGGAAUUCUCUGUCACGGACAAUGCAAAAGAUCUGAUCCGAAAGUUGAUUUGUGCUCCAGAAAUUCGUCUUGGACAGAAUGGAAUUGAUGAUUUCAAGAAGCAUCCCUGUAAUUUGUCUGAUUUAGGCAAAAUAACAUUUAACACAACAGAGAAUCAAUUUGCCAUCAAACAAAGUACAAAUCCAUUUGAUGAGAAACGUCUCAACGAUUUAAGUCCUGACAGCACACGAAAACUUCAAGAUGAGAUAAACAUUCUAACAAAGCGAAAUGGCGAACUUUCAAGUCAAAUAAAAAGCUAUGAAAAUCAACAAUUUCAAAUUAACUCUUUGGGUUUAGAGAAUGCUGAUAGUCAAUUAGAGUUUAAGAUUCGAGAAGCUGAUAAAAUCAUCAGGUCAUUGCGCCAUGAACGUGAUGAGUUGCAGAAGGAAAAAACGGACCUUUUCGAUAGAUUAAAAUCACAGGAAAAAGAAUUGACAGACGCUGUGACACAAAGAAAACUUGCAAUGAAUGAAUAUACGGAAGUAGCUGACAAACUUUCAAAUCUUCGAGUUCAAAAACAGAAGAUCUCCAAUCAAGUUCGUGAGAAAGAAGAAGAACUUGAAGUUGCAAUGCAGAAAAUUGAUUCACUUCGAAAUGAGAUUAGGCGGAUCGAGAAAAGUCGAAGGGAUAUGGAAAUGAAAAUACAAGAUUACGAAGCUAAUAAGGAUCGAAUUGAGUUUGGACGACAAAUCGACACAAGAAGUCGAAGCUCAUCGGAACUUGGAUCAUCGAAUUCGAUUGGAUUAUCUUCCGAGUCAUUUCGACUUGAGAUUGAGCGUAUGGAAAUUGAAUUUACUGAGAAGCUUAAUCAGCAGCAAUCGCGUUAUAACCAAGAAUUGACAAUUCUUCGUAAUCAAAUGGCUGAAGUUGAGAAUAGCAAAAAUAUGUUGGAACUGGAACUCGAACAGUUUCGUAAUCGCGCUGAUUCACACAAUGACACUGAAGAUACAAUUACAGAUCUGAGAAUUCGUUAUGAAAGAGAGAAGAAAAUGUUACUUGAGGACAAUAGAAAGCUGCUGACUGAACUUGAAAUGAUAAGCGAAACUAAUCGACUUUAUCAUGCUGAUCGCCUUCAGAUGGAAAGUGACUACGAAGAAUUGAGAAGUAAGCGGCAAGCGAUUGCACAUUGGGAACAACAAAUAUCUGAAAUUAUUCAAUGGGUUAGCGAUGAAAAAGAUGCUCGCGGAUAUCUUCAAGCUUUAGCCACGAAAAUGACGGAAGAGCUUGAGUAUCUUAAACAUAGCGGACAACAAAAUCCUGUCGAUAAAAACUGGCGCAACAGAAGAUCACAAAAAUUGGAUAAAAUGGAAUUGUUGAAUUUACAGAGUUCCCUUCAAAGUGAAAUUCAAGCAAAAGCUUCAAUCUCCGAUGAGCUAAGUCGAACAAGAGCUGAGCUCAUUGCGGCACAAAAGGAUCUUUAUGAAACAAAGCAUCGAUUAGAAAUAACGAAUAACGAAGUUAAAAAGAAAGACUGUCAAUUAAAGGAUAUUCAACAUCGAAUAGAGCAUGGCGAAAAUUUCUUUGAGCGUCCAUCUUCACAAAUAUCGUAUCUGGAUCAUUUUUUGAAAGAAUCUGUCGGUGGUGGCUCAUCAUCUUCAAAUGCAACUCACACUCCAUUAGCUGUGCAACAAACCUCACCAAACUCUACAUCGCAACGUUCAUCUCAGCAGAACAACAAUGCAGUUUCAACAAGUUCAUCAUCAAACAAUCUCAUACUGAAUCAGCAAACUCAAAGCAUUUCCUCAAUUCCACAUCAAUAUUCAUCACAAACACAGCUGCAAACAAUUCCACAGCCUCAAACAGCUUCUGUUUAUGCAAAUACUAAAAAUCAUUCGGUAGAAAGUGACGAAGGUGAUGUGGAAGAUAAUCGAAUUCAUAGUUUGAGCAGUUCAAAGAGUAAUCUAAGUGAAGCAUCGUUAGAUCAUUCACACAGCAUUCACAGUGCAAUGAUGCAACAACAACAUAUGUCAAUGACAUCAAAGCCAAAGAUUCAUCAAUUUUUAGUCCGCACAUUUUCAUCUCCGACAAAAUGCAAUCACUGUACGUCACUUAUGGUUGGAUUGACACGUCAAGGGGUCGUUUGUGAAUUGUGUGGAUUUGCUUGUCAUAUGAUUUGCUGUCAAAAAGUGCCAACUCAUUGUCCAGCAAGUCAGUCGAAGCGUCCAUUGGGAAUCGACCCAACAAGAGGAAUUGGAACAGCAUACGAAGGUUACGUGAAAGUACCAAAGCAAGGCGUCGUUAAGCGUGGAUGGACGCGACAAUUUGUUGUUGUUUGUGACUUUAAACUCUUUCUCUACGAUAUUACAUCUGAUCGUAAUGCAAUGCCAAGUGUGCAUGUUGCACAAGUUCUCGACAUGAGAGAUUCUGAAUUUGCUGUGUCAGGUGUAAGAGAAAGUGACGUCAUUCAUGCUGCUAAGAAAGACGUUCCUUGCAUUUUUCGUAUUACAACAUCAUUGCUUGACGCUCAACCUUUGCAAACUCUCAUGCUUGCUGAUUCUGAGUCGGAGAAGAACAAAUGGGUUGUUGCUUUGAGUGAACUUCAUAGAAUUCUUAAGCGAAACAAUCUUCCGAAUACCGCAAUUUUGAAAGUCAAAGAAGUUCUCGACAAUGCAUUGAGUGUUGUAAAAAAUGCUCUUUGUGGAUUGAUUGUUGACCCAGAGAGGAUUCUUAUUGGAACAGAUGAUGGUCUUUAUUGUGUUGAACUUGAUCGUUGUGAAGUGGCGAGAAUUGGUGAAAGUAAGAAAAUUAUCAACAUUUGGUAUUUGAAUGAAGAGCAAUUAUUGAUGAUUUUAUGUGGCAAACAACGAUCAAUUCGAUUACUUCCGAUUCGAGCACUUGAGGCGAGUGACGUUGAAUGGAUAAAAGUUGCAGACUCAAAAUAUUGCAUAACAGCUUGCACUGGUCUUGUGAGACGAACUCCUCAAAAUAUUUACAGUUUUAUCAUUGCAUUAAAACGUCCAAAUGGAUCACAAAUUUUCGUAUAUGAAAUUAAUCGUAACAAAACCAGACACCACAAAAUUUGCGAGUUUACUGUUCCUUACAUCGUACAAAGUCUUCAAAUCUUAUCUGACUUGAGAUUAGUUGUUGGACAUCAAUCUGGAUUCACGUCUUACUUUUUACAAGGCGAAGCUCAAGCAAUGUCUUUAGUUCAUCCAGAAAAUCAGCUUAACGCUUUUCUAAUGUAUUCUGGUGUUGAUGCCUGGCGUGUAAUUGAACUACAACCUAGUCAAGGAGCUGGUGGCUAUGGCGAAUUUCUGUUAGUCUUCCAAACGUUGUCAAUUUAUGUAGAUAUUCAAGGGCGAAAAUCGCGUGAUCGUGAGAUUAUGUAUCCAGCGGUGCCAACACAUAUAACUCAUUGUGAUGGUCAUUUGUUGGUGUACUCUGAGACACAUCUCGAUAUUUUCAACACACACACUGGCGAGUGGGUUCAAUCAAUUGGAUUGAAAAAGUCAAAACCUUUAAGUUUUAAUGGAAAUUUAUCAACAAUGGUGAUGAACGAUGCUCCUUAUGUGAUUUAUUUGGCCAAUUUGCAUACGAGGGAACUUUUAAAUAUGACAAACUUUGAUCGUGAAGGCCGAAUAAAGCCAAAACGAAGAUUUUCGUUAAGGGAAAUCAACAAAACCAUUCGAAUCAGUGGUUCAGAACGUCGAAAAUUAAUCUCAGCGCCAACGAAUUUCAAUCACAUUAGUCAUAUGGGACCGGAUUUACAAAAACAAAAACUGUUAGAUCUUCCAACAACUGUCGACACUGCUGAACAUGCAGCUACUCUACCACCAACAAGUCAUCGUGUUGCAAUAAUGAGAACAGUCGCACCUGUUGCUCCACGAACUCCCCCGCGACCAACAAAUCUCACUAACAAGCGACCGAUUGUUCCACCUCGUUAUGCGUCUUCACUACCGCGCUCACCAAGUCCAUUAGACAGUAGCGUAUCAUCACUUCACGAGACAAUGAAAUCAACAAGUGAUCGAAAGUCUGAUUCUCGUCAGAGCAUUACAAGUAACAAUUCCAGUUCUAGUCCGCCAUCUCCCAUUAAUGCCGAUCGCUUGAGCUCGAGUUAUGACAGUUAAACGAACUAAUGUGUGUUAAUAAUUUUGUAAAAUGAAUUGAAAGUUCCUUUUUUAGUUAUAUAAUUAAUUAAAACGUCGCAAAUACUUUUGUAUGAAUUUUCUUUUUUUUUUGUAAGGUUUUUGGAUGCUGAUGCAAAACACAAAAAAUUCAAAUUAUGCAGAUAAUAAAUUUUAAUCUCAUUUUUUUAUGGCAGAUCUGUGACCGAUCGAAAUAAAUAUUACUUAGUUAUUUAACUUUACUUUUUGUUUAAAGUCACUGAACCCGAGAAACCAAAAAUUGCAUGGCGAUGUCACUUGUCCACAUUACUUAUCUUACUUUAUCCAAAUUAAGGUCCCUAGAUUUUUUUUAUCAUUUAAUUGAUUCCUCGCUUUAACAGAGUACGAAAUUAAUUUGUACCCUUAUAAAAUUAGUCACACAUCAAACAAGUCAAUUUACUGUUUCAAACGUUCAUGGAAAUUUUGGUUUCUCGGUUAAUUAACUUUAUUCUAUUCAUUGUAUUACGAAAUAGUUUCAUACGCGCUUUAUAAUGUGGGGAUACUCUGUUCAUUAUUUAUUUAAUUAUUGUGGCAGAUAAUAAAGUUCAAAGAAAAAGAUAAGAUUAAAAUUGAAAAGCAACCGCAGUAUGAAGGAAAGUAAAGUAUCAUUUGUGAUGUAAGUUAUGUAAAACCCCAAUCUUUUUUAUCAGUUUAAUAGCUUAUAUAAAACAAAAUAUUACCCCUUGAAGUUAAGAUAAACUUUAUUAAGAACAUCAAAUAAUAACCGUAAUAAAUGAUAAAGGAUGUAUUUCUUCUUUUAAAUAAUAUAAAAAAUGAAUAGAUCUCAAGACCUAGAA